AUGGAGGAGAAAACGAUAAAGCAUUACAGCAGCAAGCAUAAGAUACUGCUGGUGGGAGAGGGAGAUUUCUCAUUCUCACUGUGCUUGGCUAAGGCCUUCGGCUCUGCCUCUAACAUGGUCGCCACAUCUCUCGACUCUAAAGGUGAGUUGAUCAUGAACUACUAUUCAAGAGCCCUUGACAACUUGCUUGAGCUGAAGAAGCUGGGCUGCACCAUUCUACACAAUGGGGAUGCACACACAAUGAACAAACAUCCUUCUCCAGCAGACCAGCUUUUUGAUCGAAUCGUCUUCAACUUUCCCCACGCCGUGGAAGUUGGAUUGUGUUUGGCUAAGGAAGUGCCAUUCUAUAGAUGCGAUUAUCAAGGUUACUCUAAUAAGAAAGGUUCUGGAAGUAACUGCAAUGAUACCUUCCCUGUUGGACGGAAUUAUGUCAGGAAAAUUUGCUUACCUCUGCUUCUUUGCAUCAUCGAGAGAUGCUUCAUCAAGAGUUUCAACAUUUGUCUGCUUAUUUGCAUCAUCAAAUUGAUUGAGCACUCUAACAUUGACCAGAAAAGGAUAAGGAGGAGGCUGGUGUCGUGGAUGAGGGUGAGGGUAAGCUUGGAUGAUCGGAGAACAAGAAAAGAAGCAACCAGCGGGACAUCCAGAAAUCUUGCCGGUGAGGAGAAGACUGAGAAUUACGGUCUACAGAUCCAGGAUCUAGUCUCAGCAUGA